CUCCGCCACCACGCUGCCUCGCCGCCCUCCCUCGCCAAUGCCGACCCGCCUCCUCCUCGCCGCCGCCGCGAAGCUCUGACGGAGACCCGGAGGCGCCGCCGCCGCGUGCCCCGCGCCGUAGCCUCUGUGCCGCCGCCGAGCGCCGUCACGAGCUCUCCGAUUGCGCGUCGAGAUUUCUGCAACCGCUUUACGGUUCUUGGUUCCGUGGAAGGGGGGAGAAUCCGGCGCCAUGGGGAGCGAGCCCAAGGAGAUGAAGUACAGGCGGAGGGCGAGGGCGCCCGAGCCGGGGGACUACGGGCAAUGCGGCGGCGCCGACCGGGGCGGCGCGGUGGACUGGGCCGCGCUCAAGCAGCAGGACCCGGCGGAGCUGCUCCGGAAGCUGGACGAGAUACGGGACCAGAUCACCCGGUCCUGCGAGGCCGCGGGGCCGCGGGGAGCGGAGCCGCCGCAGCACCGCAUGGGCCGGGGCGCCGUCUCCAUGCGCCACUCGCACGCCGACCCUCUGCCGCCCCCGCCGGGCCGUGGUGCGCCGCCGGAGUACUACCGCUCCUCGCGCCACGCCGGCCGGUACGGGCAAGGCGGGCCGCUGAGCUCGUACGACCAGCGGUCCGUGUGCGAUGACAGGUACGCGAGGCAGCCCAGCGGGAGGUUCCGGCAGCCGCGCCCGGAGGGGCAGUGGGAGGGCUACGGGUACGGCGGCCACCACAGCUCGUGCCAGUGCGCACAGUGCGUGCACGCCCAGCGGGCCAUGCCGCCGCAGGAGGAGAGCAUUCCGAUGGCGAGGUUCUUCGCGGGGCAGCAGAGGCCGCCGUACCAGUUCGACAGGUCCGCCUCGUCGAUAUCGUCAGAGUAUGACCGGCGGUCGGUGGCUUCGUCGCUCUACUCGCACCUUUCGAUGUCCAAGAGAAGGGUGGAGUACUUCAGCAAGAGGGCAGAUAGCUUCUGCCGGCCGACGAAGGGUGGCGCGCCGUUCGUCGUCUGCAGCUCCUGUAACCAGCUUCUUCAGCUACCUCCUGGGAAAUGCACAUCACCGAAGCAGAAUCGGGUUCAGUGUGGCUCCUGCUCAGAGGUUGUUACUUUCGAUUUCAAGCCUAAAGGAGUGAAAGUUCAUCCGGUGAUCCCAUCAUCAUCUUUUAGUGUGCCAAAAAGUGUGAGAAGCUCCGAUCGCCGGGCUCCUCAAAAUUCUGGGUGGUAUCCAUAUGAGGAUGAUGACACUUCCAGUUUCGGUAGCUAUCGACAGAAGCAGAAUUUUUCCGACAAUCUGUCGCAGUCUUCCACAGGAAGCUAUGGCAGCAGCACAAACAAAGAGCGCGGGCCAAACAAGAUCAGUCAGGUAAAAUCUGUUUCUGUCAGCAAGUCUAGAUUUGCAGAUAGCCCAAAAGAUAUAUUAUGUCAAGGAGAUGCAGACAGUCAGGUCGAAGCUUCAGUUGUUCGCACAAUCAGUCCACAAGCCCCAAUUUUAGAGGAUAAACUUGUUGAUCCCUUUUCCAGCCAGCAAAAUGAUUGCAGUGGUGGGGAUCAAAUCAAGAGCAAGAGGUAUGGCUUAAAUAGCAAAGGAAACUUUGAUGUUCGAGGUGAGAGGAUUGAUGUGAAAUGUGAACAAAAGAGCAAUGGAAGUCGGAAGGAUGGAUUUAGUGGAGAAACCGCGAAGAAAACAUAUGGACAGAAAUAUCUCAAACAACUUAAUGCUAGUUGUCCUGAUGGUCACAUUGGUAACAAGAACCCGCGGAAGGCCAAUAGUGAUGAUAGCAGGAGCAGCAGCCUCGAAGAUGAAGCUACAAGCAAAAGGUAUGAAGGAAAGAGCAAACAAGAUGACAACAACUUUGGAGUUCAAGGCGCUAAUAAGAGAUACGACAACUGCAGCAAGGAAGGUUAUAACAAUGCGUUUGGAUUCGAUAGCAUAACUAAGACAUGUGAUGAAGAGAGCAUAGAAGAUGAUUGUGCUAAAUCACUGUCCUCAAACGGUGAAAAUGCCAAGAGAGUGGGCAAAAAUGAGUCAUCGGUCAGUGAGCGAACAAAUACUAGUUCUCAUGUUUCUUCUGAUGCUGGGCUAGAUGAAAUUCAAUCUUCAGCUGGUAAGAGUGGGGAUUCAUCAUUUUUUGGUGGUUUCUUAAAGAAAGGUUUCAAGGAUCUUUCUUUAUUCAACCAGUCUAUGGACAGUGUCAAGGUUUCCAUCAACGGUCAUCCAAUCUCUGAGCGUGCUCUUCGUAAGGCGGAGAAAAAAGCUGGUCCUGUUAGCCCUGGUUCAUAUUGGUAUGACCAACGUGCUGGAUUUUGGGGUGUCAUGGGGCACGAGUGUAGCGGCAUUAUCCCUCCAUUUAUAAAAGAAUUCAGUUAUUCAAUGCCCAAGAAUUGUGCUGGUGGGACUACUGGAGUGCUUGUAAAUGGAAGAGAACUUCAUCAGAAAGAUUUCGAUUUGCUUGUAAAGAGAGGCCUUCAACGUUUCUCUGAAAAAUCAUAUACCGUUGAUAUCUCAGGAACUGUGACUGAUGCUACAACUGGCGACAAAUUACGCAGCCUUGGAAAGCUUGCUCCUACAAUCGAGAAGAUGAAACGCGGUUUUGGCAUGCACGUCCCUGAAGAGAUAAGUUAGCACUCUAUGACAGUCUAUGAUGAUGUCUCCUUCAUUUCCUACCCCCACCCUACCCCACCAGAAAGCUGCAUUUUGCGAGCUAAAUCUUUGGACUCUGCUAUGGAAGAGAGCCUUCUAGACCAUACUACUUCUUGUGGCCUGGCUGUGCGGCAGCAUCAAUAAUACUCCCAGGAAAGGAAAACCUAUUUCCACACACUCCAUUCCUUUACUUGAGAUAUAUCUCGCGAUGGUAUAUUCGGGCAGAGGUGUAGCUCCAAGUUCCUCCUGUUGUGUUGUUUCUCGUCCCCAUCUACUGCAUAUGUUCUUGAAGCAGUUCUCCCUCGGCAUUAGGAAGGCAUUGGAAUGUACCAGUAUAUGUCUUUUGUGGGGUUGUAAUACACUGGUAGAAUAUUUCUACCUGUAGAACCAACUGUAAAUAUCUAUCUCUCCUAUGCCACCUCUGCUGGGGUGGCUGGUGUGUGCUUUCUGAAAUGCAAAUCCUGGUUUGUACACCUGUCUUGUGUCCGAGAAUCACAAUUAUCUGUCAGUUUGGAACAUGGUUGGAAAUUGGAGUGCUAUAGUAACAUGGUGUACAUACA